AUGCAUCCAAGCUAUUGCCUUAAAUGCAUAGCUCCAUUCCCAAUCCCCCCAUUUGACAGUCCACUGACGGUGCUGUAUUUACGCACUAAUUUAGCAGCUCCCGCCUCAAAUGCGAAGCUACCUACCCCUCCCCUCAAACCAUCGGUGAACGAAACUGCGGCAACCACAAGCACUGUACGACGUGUACGCGCUGAUGAUGAUGAUGAUGAUGAUGAUGAUGAUGAUGAUGAUGAUGAUGAUGAUGAUGAUGAUGAUGAUACUUGUUUCCGACGCAAACGGGUCUCUCUACCACUAUUUCUAUCUCCUUUAAAGUUUACGAAUGAAUUGAUCGACAAAAUUUACACCUACAUUGAAUGUGAGUUGGCAGUACAGAGAGAUAACGGCGCAGAAAUCAUGACGUUUGGGAUGUGGGGGACUGUUUUUCGUUUGGCGGCGCGACGCGGCGGCUCGUGUCACGUGACAGGUCAGAUUGCGCGGUUUCGCCCGUUUAAAACAAAUCUCGCCAGAGGCUAUCCGGUAGAUGCGGUACAUGGGCUACCCAGUCGGUCCGCUUUCUCGUCGGAGUGGACGCUCGAAAAUAGGUACAACCGACAUGAACUUGUUUGUCUCAAGCGAUCAGAAAAACAGAACCGAAACACAAUAACUGAAGCAAUCCCACCAAGACAGUUUUCAUCGAUUUCGCUUCCAGAUGAUGCUGGCAUUGACAAGGAAAGCGUCACGUCGAGAUAUGGGUCUCUGGAAGUUCGUCCCUCAAAGGGCUUGGGGUUCCGGCUCAGUCAGCUGUUGAAACCGUUUGUUAGCAAAAAAGUACUCAAGCGAGCAGUUUCAUCUGAAAUUCACCAAAGAGUUGUGGACCAUGCCAAAGAUUAUGAGCAACCGAAACUACAGGAUGGCAGCAAACCGAAGACCACAAUCGACAUCAUGCGUGACAGUACUGGUUUGUUCUACUGGGUCCCCGACCGACCAUUCACAUCUGCUUGCCUAUCGCUCAGGGAUCUUAUUCAGUGGUCAUUGAGUGGACAUAUCUUGGUAUGUCUAACAAAGCAGACAUCUGACGCGAAGCUGGGACUCGCGAGUUUUGUCAUGCCACUCCGUUCUACCCGAAUCCCAAUGGAGGAGCUUCGUCCGAUAAUAUUCCUCUGUGACGAGAACCUAGUGCGGACGGAAUGGUACAGUCUGCGCAAUUUCCCCAAAAUCUACGUCUUGUCCGGAUCACCCCUCAGUAGAGCCUACUUACGAGCGGCGGGUGUGGAAAAGUGUUCAACCUGUGUGAUUCUCUCCUGUUCGGACGAACUACCGGCCAAGCAAUCGUUACUGGCUGACAAAGAGAACAUUUUGUGCGCGCUCAAUAUUCGGCAGAUGUUGGCUGAGAACAGAGAGCAAGAUACUUCGCCGAUAAUUCGUAAACGAAGAAAUCGAUUCAUCAUCAUCAUCAUCAUCGUCAUCUCAUACGAGUUCAUCAUCAUCAUCGUCAUCAUCAUCAUCAUCAUCAUCAUCAUCGUCAUCAUCAUCAUCAUCCGAAUCAUCAUCAUCAUCGUCGUCAUCAUCAUCAUCAUCAUCAUUGACAACAUGGCAUCGCGUUCAACACCGAUGCUUCGCUACCGUACCAUUAUGCCUUAUUGUGAAGAAAAGAAUAAAGGUGGACGAGGGAGAGACUUGGUGCUAGCUUACCACAAUUAUUCCGAGGUCCUUAGACCUCCAAGCACUCACUCAGACAAUCUGGAUAGAAACUGA